AUACAAGCAAAACGCUGCGUUUAGAAUUGCACAAAAAAGAGUCCUAAAACCCUCUUUCGAUUUAACCGCUUACACCUCGAACCUCUCCUCAACUCCCAUGGCUGCUGAAAACGACCCGAAACUUGCACCCACUGAUGGCAAAAAGAGAAAAAGGCGCUACUUACCACACAAUAAAGCAGUGAAAAAGAAGGGGCCAAGCCCACUAAGACCAGGUGUUCAAGGUUUCUUUAUAACCUGUGAUGGUGGAAGAGAAACUCAAGCUUCCCAUGAAGCUAUCAAUGUUAUUGACUCUUUCUUCGAUGAGCUGAUUCAUGGGAAGGAUUCAAGUGCUAAGACAGGAGCAGCACCUGAAAAACCCUUGAACAAGAAAAUAAAAUUUACAUACUCAGAUUCUUCUGAUGAUGAAGAAGAUGAUAAUGAUGAUGAAAGUGAAGAGGAGAACCAGUCGGAAAGGCCUACUGGAAAUGAUGCAAAUGUUGAAAAUAAAAUAGAAGUUCCGGAUCCUGCAGAAAAGGCUGAUUCGACAGGUGAGGUUGUAUCUGGACAAGCUGAUGCUGAUGCUGAGGGCCUCGGUAAACCGGUUGAUGGGAAAAGCCAGGAGACAGAUGAACCGCCUGAAAAGAAACAAUGUUGUGAUACCAAUAAGAUAGAAAGCACCAAUGAUUGUGCAGAGAAAUCUAUUGAUCAAUUGCUUGAAGCUGAACUCCAGGAAUUAGGAGAUAAAAGCAAGCGACGUUUCUUCAAGACUGAUACUGGAUGUAAUGGUGUUAUUUUUAUUCAAAUGCGGAGAAGGGAAGGAGACCCUGGCCCUGUAUCCAUUGUACAGAAGCUCAUGGAAUCUGCUUCAAAAACAAAGAAGCAUAUGUCCAGGUUUCUUUUGAGAGUGUUACCGGUAGAACUCUCAUGUUAUGCUUCUGAAGAGGAAAUCUCAAGAGCCAUGAAGCCAUUAGUUGAACAGUACUUCCCCGCAAACUCUGAAGCACCAGUAAAGUUCGCUGUUCAAUACGAUGCUCGCGCCAAUUCUGGCAUCGAGAGGAUGAAGAUUAUAGAUGCUGUUGCAAAAUCUGUUCCUGGACCACACAAAGUAGAUCUCAAAAAUCCCGAGAAGACUAUAAUAGUCCAAAUCGUCAAGACUGUAUGCUUGAUUGGUGUUGUCGAGAAGUACAAGGAGUUGGGCAAGUUUAAUUUGAGGCAACUCACAUCAUCUAAGCCAUAGUUGAGAAGAUAAUAAUAUGAACAACAUUGGGUACAACAAAAGGAAUAGGAACAUCAACAACAUGGUCCCUCAUUAGCAUCUUGAUGAAUUUUUAUAAAAAUUGUAGACUAGUAGCUGAUAUCAUCUUAUUUAUUCUCUUUUUGUCUCAGUUUAUUCUGUUUGUUUAGUAGACAUUACAGUAGUUAGUGUGUAUGUACUGUUCUUGAUUCAAAUGAACAAAUGAGUAUCAACUUUAUUCUGUUCUUUUGAUACAUGAGGCAUUUUAAGUCAUCCCAUAUUGAGAUUAGUGUCGUGGAAUCUAGUAUUUGGCAUAUUACUUCAAACCAAAAUUCCUUGCUUACAAGUUACAACUCAAUAUUCCUUUGAAAUUCUGGUGAUUGCUACAUUACGUAACGUAAUGAA